AUGGCAUCAAGUAGACUCGAGAAAAUUGGAAAUAUCUAUACAAGAGUUAGUGGAUUAAUCCGUGCUGGAGCUCUUAAAUGGGAAGAUCGACCUUUAUUUUAUGACAUUUACACCGCAUUUCCACCUUUAAAGGAACAUAAAUAUAAGGAAGAUCCACCAAAUAUCAAAUUAAGGAAUAUCUUCUAUGAAGAAGACAAGGAACGAGCAUCCAAAGACUAUUCAAACAUGCUCGCUUUCGAUAUGAAUGAAAAGAAACCAGUAAGAACAGACUAUGUUUUUAAGCAGCAUAAAGCAUUUGAAAGCAAGCCCGCGAAGGAGGAGAGUAAACUCUUCGAUUUAAAAAAUUUAGAUUUUAAUAAAGAGUAA